AUGUAUGAAGCGGGAAGGUCUCAGGCAGUAUUGAGGGGACCUUUGGUGUCAGAUGCUGCAUCAGAAGAGAUUUAUGUCAUCCAAAACAAUGGUCAGUCAGAUUUGACAGCUGCACAAUUGAAAGUUGCCUUAUCCGAAGUACUGCAGAAUUUUCUCGAUGCACUGAAGCCAAUCAUUAAGAAAUUUCUCCUUGGAAUGAUGUACUCAGAAAUGGCAGCUUCCCUGUAAUAUUGUCGCCAGCAACAUGAUUAAAAAUCAUUGAAAUAUUAAGUGUGUUUUAAAUAUUUUUGUUCGAUGGAAAUUCUCGAUAUAUUUC